CUUUUCAGAUGUUCCUCCUGCUGAUCAAGAAAAGCUUUUUAUCCAGAAGUUACGACAAUGUUGUGUACUUUUUGACUUUGUUUCUGAUCCACUAAGUGACCUAAAGUGGAAGGAAGUAAAACGAGCAGCUUUAAGUGAAAUGGUAGAAUAUAUCACACACAAUCGCAAUGUGAUUACAGAACCUAUUUACCCUGAAGUAGUACAUAUGUUUGCAGUUAAUAUGUUUCGAACAUUACCACCAUCUUCCAAUCCAACGGGAGCAGAGUUUGAUCCAGAGGAAGAUGAACCAACCUUAGAAGCUGCAUGGCCUCAUCUACAGCUUGUUUAUGAAUUUUUCUUAAGGUUUUUAGAAUCUCCAGAUUUCCAACCUAAUAUAGCUAAGAAGUAUAUUGAUCAGAAGUUUGUAUUACAGCUUUUAGAGCUCUUUGACAGUGAAGAUCCUCGUGAAAGAGACUUUCUUAAAACAACUCUUCACAGAAUAUAUGGGAAAUUCUUAGGCCUAAGAGCUUACAUCCGGAAACAAAUUAAUAAUAUAUUUUAUAGGUUUAUUUAUGAAACGGAACAUCACAAUGGCAUAGCAGAAUUACUGGAAAUACUGGGAAGCAUAAUUAAUGGAUUUGCCUUACCAUUAAAAGAAGAGCACAAAAUAUUCCUAUUGAAGGUUUUGUUACCAUUGCACAAAGUGAAAUCACUCAGUGUCUACCAUCCACAGCUGGCGUACUGUGUAGUUCAAUUUUUAGAAAAGGACAGCACACUUACAGAACCAGUUGUAAUGGCACUGCUGAAAUACUGGCCAAAGACUCACAGUCCAAAAGAAGUCAUGUUUUUAAAUGAACUAGAAGAAAUUUUAGAUGUUAUUGAACCAUCUGAAUUUGUAAAAGUUAUGGAGCCUCUUUUCAGACAGCUAGCCAAAUGUGUGUCCAGUCCACACUUUCAGGUUGCAGAGCGAGCAUUAUACUACUGGAAUAAUGAAUAUAUUAUGAGUUUAAUUAGUGAUAACGCAGCAAAGAUUUUACCCAUCAUGUUUCCAUCCUUGUACCGGAAUUCAAAGACACAUUGGAACAAGACAAUACAUGGCUUGAUAUACAAUGCUCUGAAACUCUUCAUGGAGAUGAACCAAAAACUGUUCGAUGACUGCACACAACAAUUUAAAGCAGAAAAACUGAAAGAGAAGCUAAAAUUGAAGGAACGGGAAGAAGCAUGGGUUAAAAUAGAAAAUCUAGCCAAAUCAAAUCCCCAGUACCCAACAUACAGUGACACGAGUUCGCUGAACAGUCCUGUUGCAAUGGAAACAGAUGGACCUUUAAUUGAAGAUUUGCAGAUGCUGAAAAAGACAGUGAAAGAAGAGGCUUGUCAGGCACAGAAAGAUCAGAAAAAAGAUCGUCCUCUUGUGCGACGCAAGUCAGAACUGCCUCAGGAUAUCUAUACCAUGAAAGCCUUGGAAUCACAUUGCAGAGCUGAUGAAUUAAUAUCACAUGAUGGGCAUUAAACUUUUACAGUGAAAUACUAUUUUGGAGGAAAAGUGUUUGGUUUUUUUCUGGACUCAGUUCUACAGUAGAACUUACUUUUUUGUGCCAUACCAAUCAGUUACACACAAAGUCAAAGCUUUCUUCAACCCAGUUCUGUAGGCAAUAAAUAGAGUAUGCAGCUCAAGAUUAGUAGUUCAAACAAUGGUAAAUUACCCAAUUCCAUAUGCAGAAUAUUGGGUUGACUAUAAUCAAGUGGACGCAAUUUCCUGGAGGUGUUAUCAUAGUACCAGCUAGCUGAUAACAUCCAGUUUUUAUAGUCAGUUUCAGAAGAGCAUUCUAUAAACUCUUUCCAUCUAAGUGAAUGACCAGUAGUUGGUACUAAUGAUAAAUGUGUUUUCAAAAGUAAAGUUAUUUCAAAUUUAAGUAUUAAACUUUUUCUAGGAUUUCUCAACUUUACAGCUGUUUCCACGUUAUUGCUGUCUUGUAAUAUACCAGCAGUUUUGAAAGUACACAGUUGUUCUUUCGUAUUCUAAAACACAGCUUACAAACUGGUAACUUUCAUGACAAUCCUCAAUCAUCAUUCCUUUCUAAGAAUUCUGUAAAUUUUUUUCUCCUUUAGUUAGGAUAAAGAUACAUAUCUAUAUAUACCAUGUCCUGAUACUUUAUGUAUAUUUAAAGCCAUAUUUUCCAGUCUCUAGUGUAUAAUACGGCACCAGUAUUCCAGAUAUGAACUGGUAGAAGAAUUUUUCCUAAAAUGAACAUUUGUUUACUAUGACUGGGAAUAGACUGAAUAUAAAAUCUCAUUUUAAGUUUUUUCAAGUCAAUAAAAUACUCUUUCACUGUUUUGUCCCUUAUCUGAGCUUUUAAUACUCAGCAUUUUUCUUGGGCUCUAGGAGUUCAGUAUUCUGUGGCAGAUAUUACGCGUGAUUUCAGUUGCUUCAGUUUUUAUCUGGAAGAUGAACAUAACCUUUCAGGAAACACAACAUUACGAGCUUAUUAAAACAAGCAAAAGAACAGACUUUAGAAUUCCAUUCUGCUUCUUUUUGGAUGAGUCUAAGAGCUGAGGAGAUAGUGACCAUAAUUUUACCGUGAAAAUAUUUUUUGUUGUUGUUGUAAAGAGCACAUGUGCUGCAAAUACACCUCACAAGUGAACUGAAAAUGCAUCCGAGUUGCUGAUGAUCUUCAAAUGCUGCUAUAUAUUCCACAAGAUUACUUGCAUGUAAUGAGCUUUUUGUUGUAGAUGGAAAAGCACGGGAGGAAAAUCUCUUUAAAAAUAUAGUGCUUUGUCUUCAAUAUUUGAUUUCUCUCAGGGUGGCCAGUAUUUUGACUUACUUAUCCUGCUUACAAGCUGUUUGAAAGGUGUUCUGCUAUUCUAAAUGGGUGAUUAGUUUCUUUUGUCUCUGGCAGUAACAUGAUAUAACUUAAUGUUUAAUGUCUUGAUGCAUAAAGAGAUAAAAACGUGGCUUCUUUAAAAAUAGUUUUGUUUUACUUUUUAAGGAAGUAUAACGUCUCCUGCAUCCAUUGAAAAGAAAAAAAAAUCGCAAAGCAGACAUUCAUAGUAACCUUGUGCAGAUGUAGUGCCUGCUGUUUGUUGGUUGCAUUUAACAUUCAAUUUCCAAUAUUUGUUACGUUGUCUAUUGGAAGAAAAUUGUGGGUGGUAAAUAUUGGCUUACAACACCUAAAUUUAAAGACCAACCCAACCUUUAAGUGGAAUGUCCACUGUGUCUGAAAACAUUUCCUGUAAAACUUGAAAAAGAAUAUGCUUUACCAUUAGGAUAAACUAUAUUAAAACAGUUUAAAGAUGCCUUCUCCUUUUGAGGGAAAAAGGGUGCUUUUUUAAUUGUGUAAAGCAAUGUCUAUGUUUUUUGAUAUACCAUUGUUUGAACUUCCAUCUUUAGCUGGUAGAUAAUCAGUUACCUUUGAUUUUGGGUGUUCAGUAUGUUUGUGCAAGAGGUUGCUGAAAGAAAUUGUUACCCAAGGGGGAAAAAAAAAACAACCUGUGUAUCAAUGUUUGAUUGAUUGUGUGAUGCUCAAUGUAUAAGAACAUCUUUCACUGUCUAGAUUUUAUUUCUGUUCUUUAUUGAAGAUAAACACUCACCAAAAAGGGAAAUGAUAUUUUUAAAGGCUUAAAGUUCACCGUUUAUGCCACUGAACAUUUGCUUAGGCAAUAUUCCAAAAUCUAUCACCACUAAUGGUUUAGCAUGUUUAUUAUCAAUAUUUAUAUACUACUUAUAUUCUGUACUAAACCAUUCUAAAACUAAUACAUCCAAAAUAAAAAGAAAUAAAAAUUUUGGUGACUGUUGUUCUUCAUAAAGUUCUGUGUCUGACACCUUCCCUCAUUUUCCAAAAUUACACCUGUACAUCAGGAAUGUCAAAAGUAAUAUUACAAGUGUCUUUUUAGUGUGGCUUUAGUAUGGCUUCAUUUUAAUAUUGUACAUACAUUGUACCUUGUUUUAUGGUAAUAAGUAAUAAAAAUGUAGACUUCAUAUUUUGUACAGAAUCGUCCUAUGUACAGAAUAAAAAGUUCCUAGAAACAGCAAA